AUGGAAAGAAAAAAGGAACGUAGCGGUGCCGCAAAGCGGAAACAACGUCAAGAAAGGGAAGAAAGUAAAAAAAAAUUGACCAAGCUAGACAGCUUUUUUACGAAACCGCUUUCUGCUACAGUUCCUUCAACAGCUGGAAUAUCGGUCAAAAGUGACGAGUGUUCAAUUAUUGAUAACGUGGACACAGCUGUAUUAAUUAAUAAAGUGACUCGAGUAGAUCAGGAAUAUCAGGAUCCAAUAACUACCGACAAUACCACUGCUGAAAAUGACUACCGCGACGCUUCCGUGCAACCUACAUUAGAAGAAUCAUCCAUUUCUUCAUCUUCAAAACUUCUUGAAAUUUCAAAUGACUUGGGAAAGUACACGAACAAGAAAUUGAACGAUAACGAAAAACGGCUGAUUCUUGAAAAAGGACCUUUGAAACCUCCGGGACCUUUUCCGAAAGACCCCCACCAAGAUAACAGGAGCUUUUCAGAAACGUAUUACGUUUCUACGUCACAAUACGGUCCAGUGGAUCGUUUUUGGAUAUGCUAUUCGAAAAUUCUGGAUGCUGCCUACUGCCAACCGUGUUGGUUGUUUGCUUCGCAAAUAAAUGCAUGGUGCACAGGCAUCCGGGACUGGAGGCAUUUAUCAGAUAGAGUGAAGCAACAUGGUUCCUCGAAAGCACACACGGAGGCGUGCGCUGUAUAUGAAGCGUGGCAAAAAAGUUCUACCAUCGACAGAGAACUUGAAGAUGAAAUUCGCAAAGAAGCGUCAUUUUGGAGACAAGUUCUUCGGAGAUUAUUCGAUAUCAUAAUUACUCUUGCGAACAGUUCUUUGGCUUUGAGAGGACAUCGUGAGGAUCUGAGUGAGGGAGGAAACCACGGAAAUUUUCUCUCAAUUGUCCAACUCGUUGCUAGAUACGACCACAUCUUGCGUCAAGUUUUGGAUAUGCCCAAAGGAUCAACACGAUACCUCAGUGCAACGAUUCAAAAUGAAAUGAUCGAGUGUUUGGGCACCAAACUCGAGAAUCAUUUAUUGGAUCAAAUUAGGGCGUCACCGUUUUUUACCAUCAUCAUGGAUACCACGCAGGACAUAUCAAAAGUGGAUCAACUAAGCAUUGUCGUAAGAUAUGCAGUGAUAUCAAGAUCGGAAAAUGGACAAGCAAUCGAUAUUGAAGUAAGAGAGGUAUUUCUAGGUUUCCACGCAGUCACUAAACACAGCGCCGCGGAUUUGGUAAAUCAAGUUACCACGUUGUUCUCCGAAAAGGGUCUUGAUUUUAAAAAGUGUGUUGGGCAAGGUUACGAUGGGGCCAGUGUAAUGAGUGCAUUGUCCGAAAUAACGCUGAAAAGUUCCAGUAAAGACGAACGUAGUGAAGCAGAGAUUAUAAAAUCAAAAAUGCUGAAUUUUGAGUUUGUAUUUCUUUGUGAAUUCAUGCACAGCGUAUUGAACAACAUCAAUUAUGUUUCCAAAGUUUUGCAAAAACGUGAUAUCGUUUUGGAUGAAGCGAGUAAGGCUUUAGACGAAACAACGGAUAAAUUGAAAAAGUACAGAAAUGACUUCGAGUCCUUCAAAUCCAAGGCCACCGAAACCGCGAGAAAAUACGAUAUCGAUCCUACCUUUCCAGAAAAGCGACGAAGAAAAACUAAAAAGCAUUUCGAUGAAUUGGCUUCUGAUCACCGAUUCGAAAACCAGGAAGAAGUCUUUAGAGUAACUAUUUUCAACAAUGUACUCGACAUAAUAAUCAAUCAGUUAGAUGCGCGUUUUAUUGAGUGGAGUCCAGUCCCUCUGAUAGAAAACGAUGUAACCGUUGAGGAGCCCCCAUUGAUGGGUAAAAUCGACGAUAAUGUAUUGAACGUUGGGGCGACAAGUUUCUUGUGCUUGGAUAAGGAUGAAUCUAUAAUAGAUAGUGCAUUACAGUCUUUUGAAAAGUAUGGUGUGGGCUCUUGUGGUCCCAGAGGAUUUUAUGGUACCAUAGAUGUCCAUUUGGAACUGGAAGAACGCUUAGCGAAAUUUAUGGAGGUUGAAGAGACAUGCGUGUACUCUUAUGGAUUUUCUACUAUUGCUAGUGCAAUACCUGCCUAUGCUAAAAAAGGAGACAUCAUUUUUGCUGAUGAGUGUGUGUGGUUUGCCAUCCAAAAAGGUUUUGAUGCAGCACGCAGCACUGUCCGUUACUUCAAACACAACGACAUGAACCACCUCGAGCAGCUCUUGUCAGAGGCCACAAAGAAAAGAGAACUGAGCAGUAGACGAAGGGCAUUUCUAGUUGCGGAAGCUAUUUACUUUAACACUGGUGAGAUGUGUCCAUUGAAGAGGUUGGUGGAGUUGGCCCGAAACUACAAGCUGCGGAUUAUUUUAGAUGAAAGUUUGAGUAUUGGAGUGCUAGGCAAGAAUGGCAGAGGCCUAACGGAGCACUUGAAUGUACCAAGAGAGGAGAUUGAUCUUAUCGUGGGUUCUUUAGAACAUUCUUUCGCUUCUAUCGGUGGCUUUUGUGCAGGCACUCACUUUAUUGUUGAACAUCAAAGAUUAUCUGGUUUGGGUUACUGCUUCAGUGCUUCGCUACCACCUAUGCUGACACAGGCGGCCAUCACUGCUCUUGACAUUAUUGAAAAUAAACCGGCCAUAUUGAGCGAGCUUGAUGAAUGCUCUAAGAAGUUAAACAAAGCAUUGGCAAAGUUAAAGUACUUCAGGUACAGGGGAGACGAUCUGUCGCCAGUGAAACACAUUUACUUGAAGAAAGAUGAACUGACAGACCGUCUAAAGCACAGCUACCUGAGAAAUAUUGCUGAUUACUGUUUAGAAAAAGGCGUAGCAUUCGCAGUAGCGGCUUAUUUGAGAGACAUAGAAGUCAACUGCCCCGAGCCCUCAAUAAGGAUCGCUUCAAGCAGAAAAUUGAAUGAUGAAAACAUAUCGUUGAUAUGCAGUUUACUCGAUGAAGCAUAUGAAAAGUGUGAUUAA